AUGCAGUUGCACUGUAAGGAGUUGAGUCUCCCCCGAAGAGGAAGUCUGAUAGAUUCCCAGAAGUGGAAUUGCUUGGUCAAACGUUGCCGAACAAGUAACCGGAAGAGCUUGAUCGGCAAUGGCCAGUCGCCAGCGCUGCCUCGGCCCCACUCACCCCUCUCUGCGCAUGCAGGAAACAGCCCUCAAGAUAGCCCAAGAAAUUUCUCCCCCAGUGCCUCAGCCCAUUUUUCAUUUGCACGGAGGACCGAUGGACGGCGCUGGUCACUGGCUUCUCUACCCUCCUCUGGCUAUGGGACAAACACACCCAGCUCUACUGUCUCGUCAUCCUGUUCCUCUCAGGAGAAGUUGCAUCAGUUACCAUACCAACCAACACCAGAUGAAUUACACUUCUUGUCAAAACAUUUCUGUACCACGGAAAGCAUUGCCACCGAGAACAGAUGCAGAAACACGCCGUUGCGCCCUCGUUCCCGAAGUCUCAGUCCUGGACGUUCCCCGGCCUGCUGUGACCAUGAAAUAAUUAUGAUGAACCAUGUCUACAAGGAAAGGUUCCCAAAGGCUACUGCUCAAAUGGAAGAGCGUCUGAAGGAAGUUGUCACUAGCUACUCCCCUGAGAGCGUGCUCCCCUUAGCAGACGGAGUGCUCAGCUUCACUCACCAUCAGAUUGUUGAGCUGGCGCGAGACUGCUUGGAUAAGUCCCAUCAGGGUCUCAUCACCUCACGCUACUUCCUUGAAUUGCAGCACAAGUUAGAUACGUUGCUACAGGAGGCUCACGAUCGCUCUGAAAGUGGAGAAUUGGCAUUUAUUAAACAGCUAGUCCGAAAGAUCCUAAUUGUUAUUGCCCGCCCUGCGCGUCUAUUGGAGUGCCUGGAAUUUGAUCCUGAAGAGUUUUAUUACCUAUUGGAAGCGGCAGAAGGCCAUGCCAAAGAAGGUCAGGGCAUCAAAACCGACAUUCCCAGGUACAUCAUCAGCCAGCUGGGGCUCAAUAAGGACCCUUUGGAAGAAAUGGCUCAGUUGGGGAACUACGAUAGUGGCACAGCGGAAACACCAGAGACGGAUGAGCCAGUGAGCAGCUCUAAUACUUCCCUGAAACUUCGAAGGAAACCCCGAGAAAGUGAUUUCGAAACGAUUAAAUUGAUUAGCAACGGAGCCUAUGGGGCAGUCUACUUUGUCCGGCAUAAGGAGUCUCGGCAGAGAUUUGCCAUGAAGAAGAUUAAUAAACAGAACCUCAUCCUUCGAAACCAGAUCCAGCAAGCCUUUGUGGAACGAGACAUCCUGACUUUUGCAGAAAACCCCUUUGUGGUCAGCAUGUAUUGCUCCUUUGAAACAAGGCGCCAUUUGUGCAUGGUCAUGGAAUAUGUAGAAGGGGGAGACUGUGCUACCUUGAUGAAAAACAUGGGUCCUCUUCCUGUUGAUAUGGCCAGGAUGUACUUUGCUGAGACUGUCUUGGCUUUGGAAUACCUGCAUAACUAUGGAAUUGUACACAGAGAUUUGAAACCAGACAACUUGCUGGUUACCUCCAUGGGGCACAUCAAGCUGACAGAUUUUGGAUUGUCUAAGGUGGGACUAAUGAGCAUGACUACCAAUCUUUAUGAGGGUCAUAUCGAGAAGGAUGCGCGAGAGUUCCUGGAUAAACAGGUCUGUGGCACACCUGAAUAUAUUGCCCCAGAAGUGAUCCUGAGACAAGGCUAUGGAAAGCCAGUGGACUGGUGGGCCAUGGGAAUUAUCCUCUAUGAAUUUCUGGUUGGAUGCGUACCAUUCUUUGGGGACACCCCUGAGGAGCUAUUUGGACAAGUCAUCAGUGAUGAGAUCAACUGGCCUGAAAAGGAUGAGGCCCCACCACCGGAUGCCCAGGAUCUGAUCACUUUGCUGCUCAGGCAGAAUCCCCUGGAGAGGCUGGGAACAGGUGGAGCCUAUGAAGUCAAGCAGCAUCGCUUCUUCCGAUCUUUAGACUGGAACAGUUUGCUGAGACAGAAGGCAGAAUUUAUUCCCCAACUGGAAUCCGAGGAUGACACAAGUUAUUUUGAUACUCGAUCAGAGAAAUACCAUCACAUGGAGACGGAGGAAGAGGACGACACAAAUGACGAAGAUUUCACUGUGGAAAUACGGCAGUUUUCCUCAUGUUCACACAGGUUCUCAAAAGUUUUCAGCAGUAUAGAUCGAGUAACUCAGAAUUCAGGAGAAGAGAAGGAAGACUCUGGGGACAAAGCCAAAAGCAUGCCUUUGCCGUCCACGGAGCCGCUGAGCUGGAGUUCCGAGUACUCUGAAGUGCAACAGUUAUCAGCCUCCAACUCUUCAGAUACCGACAGCAGCAGACAUAAGCUCAGCUCUGGCCUCCUUCCCAAACUGGCUAUUUCAACAGAGGGGGAGCAAGAUCAAGCCACCCCCCGCUUCGGAGACCCCCGUGAGGAGCCUGGAAAGCCAGUUCUUCCUCCGGAAGAAUGUGCCCAAGAGGAGGCUGAGGUCACCACCCCAGCCAGCACCAUCAGCAGCUCCACCCUCUCAGAUAUGUUUGCGGUGUCUCCGCUCGGAAGUCCCAUGUCUCCCCACUCCUUGUCCUCGGACCCAUCCUCCUCGAGAGACUCCUCUCCCAGCCGGGAUUCUUCGGCGGCUUCCGCAAGUCCGCAUCAGCCCAUUGUGAUCCACAGCUUGGGGAAGAACUACGGGUUUGCCAUCCGAGCCAUCCGGGUGUACGUGGGAGACAGCGACAUCUACACGGUGCACCACAUGGUCUGGAACGUAGAAGAAGGAAGUCCAGCGUACCAGGCGGGCCUGAAGGCUGGGGACUUGAUCACGCACAUCAACGGAGAGCCGGUGCAUGGACUUGUCCACACGGAAGUUAUAGAGCUCCUACUCAAGAGCGGAAAUAAGGUGUCAAUCACCACGACCCCGUUUGAAAACACAUCAAUCAAAACAGGACCGGCCCGGAGAAACAGCUAUAAGAGCCGGAUGGUGAGGCGGAGCAAGAAGUCCAAGAAGAAGGAAAGUCUAGAAAGGAGGAGGUCUCUCUUCAAGAAGCUGGCCAAGCAGCCCUCGCCCCUGCUGCACACCAGCCGCAGCUUCUCCUGCCUCAACCGGUCCCUGUCGUCGGGAGAGAGCCUCCCGGGCUCCCCCACCCACAGCCUGUCCCCGCGCUCCCCGACGCCCAGCUACCGCUCCACCCCCGACUUCCCCUCGGGCACGCCCUCCUCCCAGAGCAGCUCCCCGAGCUCCAGCGCCCCGAACUCGCCGGCGGGGUCGGGGCACGUCCGGCCGAGCACGCUGCACGGGCUGGCGCCGAAGCUGGGCGGCGGCGGCGCGCGGUACCGCUCGGGGCGGCGGCGCUCGGCGGGCAGCAUCCCGCUGUCGCCGCUGGCGCGCACGCCCUCGCCCAGCCCGCAGCCCGCCUCCCCGCAGCGCUCGCCGUCGCCGCUGCUCGGGCCCGUGCCGGGCGCCGCCAAGGGCGCGCCGCCCGCCGUUCCCGCGGGCCCGGGGCGCUCGCCGCCCGCGCUGGCGCGGCACGGGGCGCGGCCCAAGAGCGCCGAGCCGCCGCGCUCGCCGCUGCUCAAGCGCGUGCAGUCCGAGGAGAAGCUGGGCGCGGCCUACGGCGCCGACAAGAAGCUGCUGGGCGCGCGCCGGCCCGGCCUGGAGGUGACGCGCGAGGAGCCGCCGCGCCGCCCCGAGCCCGCGCCGCGCGAGCCGCCCGCGCACGGCCCCGACGAGGGCGGCGUCUGCCGCGCGCGCCCCGUGGAGCAGGGCUGCCUCAAGCGCCCCGCGCCCCGCCGCGCCGCCCGCCCGGAGGACCCAGCGGGGGGCGGCCGCCCCGCGGCGCCGGACGACGGGGCGGCCCGGGCGGGGCCCGCGGGGAGCCUGCGGCGCGACGCCCGCCGCCCGCCCGCGGACGCGCGGGGCCAGGGCGCGGACCGGGCCCCCCCGGCCUGGGACGGCCGGCGCGACGACCCGCCCGACGGCCGCCUCCGCGGGCAGCCGGCCCCCGCCGGCCAGGACGGCGGCCCCCGCCCCGCGCCCGCGCCCCGGGCGCCCGCCGGCCCCCUCGACGCCCCGCCGGGAGCCCCGGCCCGGCCCGGCGCCCCGGCCCCCGGCGUCCCGAGGGCGGGCGGGGCCUUCGCUCCCCUCAAGGCCCUGGCGGGCCGCGGGGAGGGCGGCGCGGAGCGGCCCGGCGCGGGCCUGGACCCCGAGGCCCCCGUCAGGAAGAGCCCGUCGGAGUACAAGCCCGAGGGCCGCGCGGCGUCCUGCCUGAAGCCCCUGGAGGGCACGCUGGACAUCGCCCUGCUGUCCGGACCCCACGCCUCGGCGCCCGCGCGCGGCCCCGGCCCGGGCGACCCCCCGAGGCCCUGCGAGGCCGCGGGCCUGAGGAUGAGCAAGCCCCGCCUGCGGGAGCCCGAGCGGCCGGAGCCCCACCUGCGGGAACCCGAGCGGCCGGAGCCCCCCCUGCGGGAGCCCCGCCUGCGGGAGCCCGAGCGGCCGGAGCCCCACCUGCGGGAGCCCCGCCUGCGGGAGCCCGAGCGGCCGGAGCCCCCCCUGCGGGAGCCCCACCUGCGGGAACCCGAGCGGCCGGAGCCCCCCCUGCGGGAGCCCCGCCUGCGGGAGCCCGAGCGGCCGGAGCCCCCCCUGCGGGAGCCCCCCCUGCGGGAGCCCGAGCGGCCGGAGCCCCACCUGCGGGAGCCCCGCCUGCGGGAGCCCGAGCGGCCGGAGCCCCCCCUGCGGGAGCCCCGCCUGCGGGAGCCCGAGCGGCCGGAGCCCCCCCUGCGGGAGCCCCACCUGCGGGAGCCCCGCCUGCGGGAGCCCGAGCGGCCGGAGCCCCCCCUGCGGGAGCCCCGCCUGCGGGAGCCCGAGCGGCCGGAGCCCCCCCUGCGGGAGCCCCACCGGCCACCCCCCGCCCGGGGCCCCGAGCCCCCGGCCCCGCGCAGAGCCGCCCGCCCCGCCACCCGCAGCGCGCUGGCCGCCCAGGAGAGCCAGCCCCGGCCGGGAGAGGGGGGCCCCGCGCGCCCCGACGGCCCCGCGGACGCCGCGGCGACCCCCCGGGCCCCCAGGGAAGCCUCUGCCGGAGGAAGGCCGGGCCUGGAGGAAGGGCGCGAAGGAGGCCCGCGCGCGCCCAGCCCCCCCGACGCCGCCAGGCCCGGGGCCAACCCCAAAGCCCUGCCCUCCGGGGGAGCCGCCCGCCCGGACCUCCACGCGCGGACCCCGGCCGCGGAGAAGGCGCGGGGGCCCGGCGCGAGCCCCAGCCCGAAAGACGGACACGAGGAGGCGAGGCCCCCGGCCGGGGAGGACGCCCGCGCCCCCGCCGCCGCCCGCGCCCCCCGCCGCUCCCGCCCGGAGCCCCCGCGGGGAAGAGGCGAGCGCGGCGCCCAGCCCGGACCCCGCACCGGCCAGGCCGCCCGCGUCCACCGCCCUGCAGAGACCGAGCCCCCGGGCGCCGGAGGAGAAGGCGCCGCCGCUUCCCGGGGCGACGCCCGGGGGCCCCCAGCUCCGGCCCGGACCCCGGCCCCGGGGCGGCGGAGGGCCGGGGGCGCGCGGGCGUGCUUGCCGCCGCCCGGGGCGGAGCGGGGCGCCCUCCGGCCCCCGCCGCGCGCCGAGCCCGCGUCCGCGCAGGGCCCCCCCGAGCCCCCCAGGGCGCCCGCGGAGAAGGACUGCGUCCCCCCGAGCAGCCCGGCCGCGCCCGCCAACGGGAGGCCCGAGGGCCGGACCUGCGCGGAAGCGCCCUGCGCCCCGGCCGCGCGCAGCCCCGCGCCCGAGCCCGGCCCCCCCCACGCGCGCGGCGACCCGCGGGCCACAGCCUCGGAGAGGCCGGGGGCGGCGGGCAGGGCCGCCGCGGAGCCCGCGGGGAAGGCGCCCGCCCCGUCGAGGCCGCCGGCCGAGGCCGCCCAGGGUGGCCUCCUGAAGCGCGCGCCCUCGGCCGCCGGGCACGGCGCCCUCCGCUCGGCCGCACCCCCGGAGAAGGCCCCGAGCGGCCCCGGCGGCCUCCCCGAGGAGCCCGAGCGCCCGGCCCCCCGCCCCCGGGAGCCCCGCGCGCCCCCCUCCGAGGACGGCGGCGCGCACAUGACCAGGAGCGACUCCCUGCCCACCUUCCGCCCGCCCGGCGCCGCCCCGGGGCCGCCCGGCCACCGGCACCGGGCGCUGUCCGCCACCGCCGCCCCGGCCCAGCCGCCCGCCGCCAGGAGGCCGAGCGCCCUCCCCGCCGCGCCCCCCUCGGAGCGGGACCCGGGGCCGCGGCCCAGGCGGGCCCGGGAGGGCGCGCGGGGCAGCCCCCCCAAGAAAGCCGCCUAG